UAACAUAAUUCGCAUAUAAUAUCGAAUAAAGUAAAAAUCUUUUAAUUAUUUUGUGAGAUUCGUAUUACGUUUAUUGAAUAUAAUGUUACUGCUAUAUAUUUGACUAUAAUCUAAAUUAAAAAAUUUGACAUAUGUCGUAUGUACGACAUACAUAUAUAUAGGGUAUUAGAAGUUGUUAUUUUGUCGUACUGAAAAGAUCGAAAUUCUAUAAACAUGGCGAAUGCCAAGAUUGAUGAUUUGACAUAUGAGGGAGAAUUGAAUGAAAGUAAUAUCAGUAAUGGUGCUGAAAACUUGCAAGAUUCUCAAGAAGAGACCGAUACUGCUCUGCAAGCUGAUGAGGAACAAAGAGAGAAAUUAGUAAGACUUCCUAUAGGCAGAGUAAGAAAUAUUAUUAAAAUGGAUCCUGAUGUAAAUUUGGUUAAUCAGGAGGCAGUAUUUUUAAUAGCAAAAUCGACGGAACUUUUUAUUGAUUCAUUGGCAAAGGAAGCCUAUAAGUAUACUGUACAAACAAAAAAAAAAACAGUUCAAAAACGAGAUAUUGAAAAUGCAAUUAAUAAUGUAGAUGCACUUGUGUUUUUAGAAGAAAUGCUUGAGUAAAUUA